ACACGGAACACGACAAUAUAUACGAAAAGAGAAUAUAUAUAUAGACAGAAGGAUGGCGAGUGAAGAGUUCCGAUUGGUAUCGCCGGCGAUAAGCAACGAAGGGAAGUUGCCGAGGAAGUACACACAGGAGGGUCAAGGCGCUCAGAGGGACAUCUCUCCGCCCUUGGAAUGGUAUAACGUACCGGAGGGGACGAAAUCGCUGGCACUAGUGGUGGAGGACAUAGAUGCGCCGGACCCGAGCGGACCGAUAAUGCCGUGGACGGCGUGGGUGGUCGUAGACAUACCUCCGACGGUGAAGGGAUUGCCGGAGGGAUUUUCCGGCAAGGAAGAGCAUACGGUCGGAAUCAGGGAAGGUCACAACGACUACAAGAUCCCCGGAUGGCGUUGUCCGAAACUUCCCCGUCACGGCCACAGAUUCCAGUUCAAGCUUUUUGCCCUCGACGACAAGCCUGAUCUCGGCCAUACGGUGACAAAGGAGAGACUGAUGGAAGCGAUUGAAGGGCACGUGCUUGGAGAAUCCAUCUUGACUGCUGUUUUCUGAUAACGUGCAUAGUCGUGUUUGGAUGUGAUCGAUCUUUGUAUUUUUACCAUGUAAAGUUGGAUCCCGACCGAUAGAUAUAUAACUAAUUAACUAUGUGUUCCUUGUCUUUUUUUUUAAAAAAUUUUUAUCUCUGUUUAAAAA